AUGAAGAUCAUCUCCGGAACAGUACUGCUCGCCGCAGUGGCGGUUGCGGCGUUGGCCGCGACGGCGUCGGCCAAGGACUACACGGUGGGCGGCUCCGACCAGUGGGACACCUACAUCGACUACGACAAGUGGACCGCCGGCAAGAAGUUCAUGGUCGACGACACCAUAACGUUCAAGUACAUGCCGUACCACAACGUGCUGGAGGUGACGGCGGCGGACUACGCCAGCUGCAACGCGGACAGCCCCAUCUCCACCCACUCCGGCGGCAACACCGUCUUCAAGCUCACCGCCACGGGCACCCGCUACUUCAUCUGCGGCAUCCCGCGCCACUGCCUCAACGGCACCAUGCACGUCACGAUCACCACCGUCCCCUACGACGCCGCCGCCGCGGCGGCGGCAGCUGACGACGCCCCCGCAAGCGGCCCCGCGCAGGCUCCGCUCCAGUCGCCUCCAGCCGACGCCUACGCGCCAGGGCCGGCGGGACACAAGCAGGGGGUGUUCCUGGGCGGCGGCGCUGCCGGGAAGUCGCCGGCGGGCGCGCCCAGCAACGCGCCGCGGUAUGGGCAGCCCGUGGCCGCGGUGGUCGGGCUGGCGUUGGCUGCUCUGGUGGCCUUGGUCGCCUAA